AUGACCGAAACCAAAAGGACAAAAGUUCUGCUCUAUGGACUAGGCGCUAUAGGAGGCUUCUAUGCGUUUCUUCUGAGUCGUGAUCCGAACGUAGAACUCAGUGUAGUUGCAAGAUCGAACCUAGAGGCCGUCAAGAAAAAUGGUAUGACGAUACACACACUGAAUCAUGGAUCACACAACAUACACUUUGAUAGAGUAUUGAGCUGUCCGCACAAAAUUGCAACAAAAUACGACUAUAUUGUUUGUGCUCACAAAGCAAUUACUCCCGGCUUGGAUCCCAAUGACUUUCGAUCUGUGGCCAACAUGGACACGACCUUUGUGAUCUUGCAGAACGGAGUUGGUAAUGAAGAGCCAUUUCGUCAGUCGUUUCCAUAUUCAACAAUCGUCAGCUGUGUAAUAUGGGUUGGCGCUCAGCAAGACUCGCCCGGAGUAAUACGACACACUGCUUCUGAACACACGGAUAUUGGGUUGUAUCCUAACCCAGAAGUCGAUGCUGCCCUGGAAAACGAAAGACUAGAGGGGUUCGCCGCCAUGCUAAGAGCAGCCGAGACAUCGUACAAGAUCUCAGACGAUAUACAAGUCAAGCGAUGGGAGAAGGUUGUCUGGAACAUUGCAUGGAAUCCUCUUACCACAUUGACACAACAAAACACACAAGAAUGGCUCUCAUCUUCAAAAGAAAGCGUGUCCAUUACAAAGCGCCUGAUGCGCGAAGUGAUAAGCGUGGCGAGAAGAGCUGGGGUGAAGCUGGAAUAUGGGCUUGUCGAUGUCUUGAUGGAGAGGAUCCAGGGCAUGCCGGGGAUAGAGAGUAGUAUGCAGGUUGAUGCUAGAGAGGGUAGAAGGCUGGAAGUGGACGUGAUUCUCGGAACACCGAUGAGAAUGGCCAGGGAGUUUGGAAUGGACGUUCCGACGCUGGCGACAGUUUAUGCUUUGACUGUAGCAGUGGAUCUGAGGAUCAAGCAGAGACUGGCUAAUCUGGGUUGA